UUUUCACACUCACCGGCAUCAUGUUGGCAGUCCUCCUCUCUGUCACACACACACACACACACACUGCAGGGUCCUCGUGCCGCGCUGCUACCUGUCCUCCUCCUGUCUCCUCCUCUGCGUCCUCAUCACAUCAUCCUGACUCCUCGGCUCCUCCUCGACCUGUUGCGGUGAACCUGCAGGCCUGAGGGAGGAGGAGUGUGUCUGCGGUGAGACGAGACCUCCGGACAGAAGAAGAAAUCAGGAGGCUGUGAGAGGAGGAGGGACAGCAGACAGCGCUCAGGAGGAGUUCUGAAUGAACGGAGCAGAAAACAAAGAGGAGGAGGAGGAAGAGGAGGAGGAGGAGGAGGAGGAAGAGGAGGAGGAGGAGGAGCGGCUCUCCUGCUGGGUGAUAAUCCUGCUCAACGUCCACAAGCCGUCUGCCCUCUCGGGGUGUUUGGAUCACAAGCGUUCAAUCAACACAGCAACACCGCCCGCCGUCUUCAUCCUCCAAACACGAACAUGAAGGGCAAAGAGAAGCAGGGUCGGGAGCUGGCGGCCUCGAAGAAGACAAAGAUGGAAGCGAGCAGCAGUGAGGAAGAGGACUCUGAUGUGGAGAGGAACUUCAUGCUGCUCACCGAGAGAGGAGGAGGAGGAGGAGGAGGAGGAGAAGAGCAGAACGCAGAGGAAGACAUCAGUGAUGAUGAUGAUGAUGAAGGAUCUGAUAGUGGUGAGGAUGAGGAGGAAGAAGAGGAGGGAUCAGAUGUUGGAGAGGAAGACUCUGACGGUGGUGAGGAAGAGGAUGAAGACAGUGAAGAGGAGGAUGAUGAAGAGCCAGAGGCCGCUGGAGGAAGCGGUGAGAUCGAAACAAGAGAGGACAUAAAGAACGAACUUUCCAACAUGUCCUUUGAGGAGAUCAUGAAGCUGCAGAACAAAGUGGGAACAAAGGUUUAUAAUGAGGUUGCGUACGGCAGCAGCAAGCGUGUCGAGAGCGGAAAGAAGAAACGACUGAACAAGAACAGACCCAUGGAGAUCUCAGCAAAGAGACCAGCUCCGUUCCUCCGUCAGGUCGUCUCCGUCAAGAAGCCUAUGUCGAGGGAUCCUCGAUUUGAUGACCUGUCAGGAGAAUACAAACCUGAGAUCUUUGAGAAGACGUACAGAUUCAUUAACGACAUCAAACAAGGAGAGAAAGAGAUCAUCCAGAAGACGCUGAAGAAGACGAAGAGCAACACGAAGGCGGAGAAGCUUCAGUUCCUCCUGAAGAGAAUGGAAAACCAGGAGCGAGCGAGGAAGAGCCGCGAGGAGCAGAGAGAGAGAGAGCUGCAGUUCAAGAGGGAGCAGAGAGAACGAGCCAAUCAGGGAGCUCGCCCGUUCUUCCUCAAGAACUCGGAUAAGAAGAAGCUGCAGCUGGCGGAGAAAUAUCAGGAGCUGAAGAAGAGCGGAAAACUGGAGAACUUCCUGAGCAAGAAGAGGAAGAGGAACGCCGGGAAGGACCGCAGGAAGCUCCCCAAACAGCUGCAGAACCAGCAGACGGCGUGAAGAAGAACGAGCCGGAGGCGUGAAGGACAACCCGUCUGUCUGACCUUCAGUCUGUCCUGUAGUGACACGCCUCAGCCUGCAGGGGGAGCUGCUGUCUGAAGGAAUGACUUCAGUCCGACUUUUCUUUCCCUGUCAAUCAUGCUCUGUUGGAGCAGUUCUGUGGUGCAUUCAAUGACACUGGGAAAGCUGAUCAACCACAUCUUUUUGAAGGUUCAUCCUUCACCCGGAGAGAGUGAGAGUCUGACACAAGACGUUAAAACCACGUCUCCCUGUCUUCAUGUGUGAAUGAUGACGCCCUCUGAUGUCACAAACACAUCGUCAUUUCGGCCAGAAAUGUAAACUACACGUUUGAUCUCCACUGGACUGAAACGACAGGAGAAUGUUUUCCUGAAUGAUCCGUCUUCACGUCGUUUAAAGAACCUUUUCAUGUCCGGUCACAGCUGUGCAGAUGUUUCAUUUGAUCUCUGGAAAUAUUAAGCUUCACCUCAAAACUCUGAGUAGUGUCAAACUUUGAAAAUGUUUUUUUUUUUUUU